AUGUAUGCGAUGUUUACUAGUGGAGAGGGUGCUCAGUACUUGCGUGUUCCGCCCGACCCGGGCAUUCAGACCAGUCCGGCUGCCGCUCUAGGUGCUAGUGAGUCUGCUGCCCCAGGUCCUGGUGAGGCUGCUGCUGCUCUAGGUGCUAGUGAGUCCGUGCCCUCUGGUACUGAGUCGACUGCAGCACUGCACACCUUCACACUGGACUCAGGUGCUUCUCGCUGUUUCUUUCGUGACCGCACUGUCCUUGAGCCGCUUGCUCGGCCAGUUGCUGUCUCCCUCGCUGACCCCUCUGGGGGUCCGGUCGUUGCGACCUCCUCCACUGUCCUUCCUUGUCCUGCGGUCCCGUCAGGCACACUGUCAGGUCUCUACCUCCCCUCGUUCUCUACGAACUUGGUGGCAGGUAGUGCGCUCCAGGACGGGGGUGUUCACCAGUUCACCCCUGCUUACGAGCGCGUGACCCACUGCACGUGUGCUCGGACGGGCCGUCACCUGGCUACCUUCACUCGGCAGCCGGGGUCGGACCUGUACACACUGACCACUAAGUCCCCUCAGGUAGCUGCGUCCGCGUCUGCGUCUGCGUCAGGUCAGCUGUCCGCCCCCUGCUCGUGUCGCUCUCUGGCGCAUGAGACUGUCCUCUGGCACCACCGCCUUGGUCACCCGUCUGUGCAGCGCCUUCGGGCCAUGCACAAACGGGACCUUGUUGCUGGUCUUCCCAGGGUUCUCCCUCCCCUCCCACCCUCGCCUGCUCCUCCCUGUCUUCCCUGUGUCGAGGGGCGGCAGCGCGCCGCUCCUCACUCCUCCUCCUUCCCCCCGACGACUGCUCCUUUGCAGACGCUCCACAUGGACGUGUGGGGCCCAGCCCGCGUCCGUGGUCAGGGUCAGGAGAGGUACUUCCUGAUUGUUGUUGACGACUUCUCGCGCUACACCACGGUCUUCCCCUUGCGCGCCAAGGGUGACGUCCCUGAUGUCUUGAUCCCUUGGAUCCGCAGAUCUCGUCUCCAGCUCAGUGAGCGUUUCCGCUCCGACUUCCCUAUCCUGCGUCUGCACUCUGACAGAGGUGGGGAGUUUUCCUCUGGCCUCUUGGAGGCCUUCUGUCAGCAGGAGGGCAUUGAGCAGUCGUUCACACUUCCGGCCUCUCCACAGCAGAAUGGGGUUGCUGAGCGCCGCAUUGGCUUGGUCAUGGAGGUCGCUCGUACCUCCUUGGUUCAUGCGGCUGCCCCCCACUUUCUGUGGUCGUUUGCAGUCCGAUACGCUGCGCAUCAGCUCAACCUCUGGCCACGUGUCUCCUUACCGGAGACUUCUCCGACACUGCGUUGGACGGGAGAGGCUGGCGAUGCGUCGCGUUUUCGGGUCUGGGGAUCUCGAGCUUUUGUUCGCGAUACGUCCGCGGACAAGCUCUCCCGUCGAGCUGUCCCCUGUGUCUUCCUUGGCUUUGUCCCAGACGCGCCUGGUUGGCAGUUCUACCACGCCACCUCGCGUCGUGUCCUGGCCUCUCAGGACGUCACUUUUGACGAGUCCGUCCCCUACUACCGCCUCUUCCCCUACCGCACUGCCCUGCUCCCCCCCCGCCUCUCUUCCUCGCUCCAGGUAGACCCGGUUGAGCCUGUCGAGGUAGCUGUUGACUCUCGUCCUGCUGGGGGUGCUGAGCCUGACCGUGAGGAGUCUGAGGGUACUGAGCCUGGGGGUGCGGAGCCUGGGGGUGCGGAGCCUGGGGGUGCGGAGCCUGGGGGUGCGGAGCCUGGGGGUGCUGAGUCUGGGGGUGCUGAGCCUGGAGGUGCUGAGCCUGGGGGUGCUGAGCCUGAGGGUGCUGAGUCUGGGGGUGCUGAGCCUGAGCGUGCUACACCUGGAGGAGCCCUCUCCUCCCAGCAGCUGCAGGAGAGGUACCUACAGUACUGCCGCCUCCGGAGAGGUGCUACUGGAGCUCGUACCAGUACUUCCCCUCCUGCCCAGGAGCUCCCCCCCAUUCAGCAGAUCCGAGAGUGGUACACACGGCGCUGCAGUCUUCGGAGUGGUGCUCCUGGUGCUGCGGACCCUGGGGGUGGCGCUGCUACUGGUGCUGAGGACCCGGGCGUUGGAGCUGCUGCUGGUGCUGCGGACCCGAGCGGUGGCGCUGCUGCUGGUGCUGAGGACCCGGGCGUUGGAGCUGCUGCUGGAGCUGAGGACCCGAGCGGUGGAGCUGCUGCUGGUGCUGAGGACCCGAGCGGUGGAGCUGCUGCUGGUGCUGAGGACCCGGACGUUGGAGCUGCUGCUGGUGCUGAGGACCCUGCCGCUGGUGUCUCUGCUGGUUCUGGAGACGCUACGCGGCCGCGACCGUACUUCGUACCACUUCUUCAGCAGGUUCUUGGUCAGGCUCCUCCUCCUUGUCCUCCUCCCUCCGUAGAGUGUCUUCCGCCUGUCCAGUCGCAGUCACAGUUCCCGCCUGCCUCGCCUCUCCCUGGUCCCUCUCCUUACACUGGUCCCACAGGAGGUCUUACAGAGCGUCGUGAGCCUGAGUCUCGUCCUGCGUCGCCUGUUCGUACUGCUCGCACUGGUCGUCGUGUCCCACGUGAGCGUCCUCCUCCUGUCCCUGGCACUCACUACAUGACUCUGCGUCCCUCCACUACUCCUCAGCGUGUCCUGCUGCCGUCUCCUCCUGCGUCCUCUCUGCCUACUCUUCCUGAUCCGGAGUCUGACUCCCGUCGUGCUGCCAGUCCCACUGUCACCUGUCUCCUCGCUACUGUUGUCACUGACCCUACCUUUGAGUCCUCUGCUGCGUCUGCUCUGGUCGCUGAGUUGAUAGACUUUGCUGCCCGGUGUCGUCUAGACUACGCCACUAGCCUUGUUGCAGAGUCUGAGUCUGAGUCUGUCUGUCCUCCGUCCGUCGGAGGUGAGUGUGCUCUUGGCACGGACGUCCUAGAGGACAGGCAGGAGGAGUUCCAGUGCUUUGCUGCUGCUUUACCCCACCUCGUGUCCAUGCUAGUUGCCCCUGAGGGAGACCCGGAUGCACCAGACAUCCCGACCCCGCGCACUUACGCUGAGGCGAUGGCGGGCACCUACGUCGACGAGGUUCCCCCACCUGGGGCGAACAUCGUCAGUGGCAUGUGGAUUUUCAGGGUGAAGCGGCCACCGGGUUCUCCUCCUGUCUUCAAGGCGCGCUACGUGGCUCGAGGCUUCAGUCAGCAAGAGGGAGUUGACUUCUUUCAGACCUUCUCCCCCACCCCGAAGAUGACCACUCUUCGGGUGCUGCUGCACAUAGCCGCUCAGCGCGACUACGAGCUUCACUCACUUGACUUCAGCACUGCUUUCUUGCAGGGCAGCCUGCACGAGGAGAUCUGGCUGCGCCGCCCUCCUGGCUUCACUGGGUCGGUUCCUCCUGGUACCCAGUGGAGGCUUCAGCGGCCGGUCUACGGUCUCCGCCAGGCACCACGUGAGUGGCACGACACACUGAGGACGACACUUGCGGCUCUUGGGUUCGCUCCCUCUACUGCUGACCCGUCACUGUUUCUACGCACAGACACCUCACUGCCGCCGUUCUACAUCCUCGUGUACAUCGACGACUUGGUCUUUGCUACUGCUGACACCGCGGCACUCGCCCACGUGAAGUCGGAGCUGCAGAGGAGACACACGUGCACAGACCUAGGUGAACUGACAAGCUAUCUUGGCUUGCGGAUCACCCGGGACAGAGCACGGCGCACCAUCACCUUGACUCAGUCACACAUGGUGCAGCAGAUCCUUCAGCGCUUCCGCUUCACGUACUCCUCGCCUCAGUCCACUCCUCUGCCUACCGGUCACUCGCUCUCAGCUCUGCCUUCGGAUGAGUCCGUAGAGCCGAGUGGCCCGUAUCCAGAGCUGGUGGGCUGCCUCAUGUACCUGAUGACCUGCACUCGACCUGACCUUGCAUACCCUCUUAGCAUCCUUGCACGCUAUGUCGCUCCUGGCCGUCACAGGAAGGAGCACAUGGAUGCCGCUAAGAGGGUGUUGCGCUACUUGUGCAGUACGUCGGGCAUGGGGCUUGUGCUUGGAGGGCGAGACCGAGUUGUACUUACUGGACACUCAGACGCUUCUUGGGCGGACGACCAGGCUACUCAGCGGUCGUCUCAGGGUUACACCUUCAGCCUUGGCUCAAGCUCAGUUUCUUGGCGUUCUACACGCUCUUCUUUUGUUCUCAGCUCCAGUUGUGAGGCUGAGAUCUACGCCACAGCCAUGGCUGCCCAGGAGCUACGCUGGCUGACCUACCUGCUGACCGACUUGGGAGAGCGGCCUCGUUCUCCUCCAGUGCUGUACGUCGACAACCAGGCUGCCAUUGCCUUGUGUGAGGAGCACAGACUGGAGCACAGAACGAAGCACAUCGCCCUGCGGUACUUCCUUGCUCGAGAGCUGCAGCAGCGUGGUCAGCUUCGUCUGCGUUACGUGGCCACUGAGGCCAACCUUGCUGAUGUGUUCACCAAGGCGCUUCAGCCUUGUGACCAUCAGCGUUUCUGUACUCUUCUAGGCCUUGUGCCUGCUGGACCCCACUUGCUUACUUCUUGA